AUGGACGGAGAAGGGGGAGGAAAUGCACGUCUGACCAGCGAGAGACUGUUCACGUCCCAUCUGCCCAGCGAGAAACUCUUCACGCCCCGCCUGCCCAGCGAGAGACUGUUCGCGCCCCGCCUGCCCAGCGAGAGACUGUUCGCGCCCCGUCUGUCCAGCGAGAGACUGUUCGCGCCCCGUCUGUCCAGCGAGAGACUGUUCGCGCCCCGUCUGUCCAGCGAGAGACUGUUCACGCCCCGUCUGUCCAGCGAGAGACUGUUCACGCCCCGUCUGUCCAGCGAGAGACUGUUCACGCCCCGUCUGUCCAGCGAGAGACUGUUCACGCCCCGUCUGUCCAGCGAGAGACUGUUCACGUCCCGUCUGUCCAGCGAGAGACUGUUCACAUUCCGUCUGCCUUUCUGA